CGCGACCGCACGAGUAUGGAGCCGACGAACAAAGCCUUAACGUCUACUCGAUUCUCCGAACUCGAGCCGGCGCUCUCUGAGUCAGUUCUCGAAGCUUUGACUAAUGGAAGCUUCGAUUACUGCACGCCGGUUCAAGCGGCAACCAUACCUUUGCUGUGCAGCCACAAGGAUGUCGCCGUCGAUGCCGCCACCGGCUCUGGGAAAACCCUUGCCUUUGUCGUCCCUUUGGUUGAGAUCCUACGUCGAUCAUCUCCUCCUAAAUCUCACCAGGUAAUGGGCAUUAUUAUAUCACCAACUAGGGAGUUGUCAUCACAGAUAUUUCAUGUUGCUCAACCUUUCAUUUCAACGCUGCAUAACAUUAAGCCAGUGCUUCUUCUUGGGGGAGGGGAAGUUAAACUGGAUAUGAAGAAAAUUGAAGAAGAAGGGGCAAAUUUGUUGAUUGGGACACCUGGCAGACUUUAUGACAUAAUGGAACGCAUGGACAUGUUAGACUUUCGUAAUUUUGAGAUUUUAAUUUUAGAUGAAGCUGAUAGGCUGCUAGAUAUGGGAUUCCAGAGGCAGUUAAACUCCAUUAUAUCUCGUUUGCCAAAACUACGCCGGACAGGCCUGUUUUCUGCCACUCAAACUGAGGCAGUUGAAGAGCUUUCAAAGGCAGGAUUAAGGAACCCAGUACGGGUUGAAGUUAGGGCAGAGGCAAAAUUACUAAAUGGUUCUACAUCAUCUGGCCAAUUUGCUUCUUCAAAAACUCCCGCUGGCCUUCAGAUAGAGUAUCUUGAAUGUGAAGCAGACAAGAAAUCAUCACAACUUGUCGAUUUCCUAAUUAACAACAAAUCUAAAAAAAUUAUAAUCUAUUUUAUGACUUGUGCAUGUGUUGAUUACUGGGGAGUUGUUCUUCCUCUUAUUUCUUGUCUGAAAAAGCUAUCUUUAAUACCCCUUCAUGGAAAGAUGAAGCAGACUGCUAGGGAGAAAGCAUUAUCAUCAUUUACAUCUCUUUCCAGUGGCAUUCUCUUAUGCACUGAUGUCGCGGCACGUGGACUCGACAUUCCAGGUGUUGAUUGUAUAAUACAGUAUGAUCCACCUCAGGAUCCGAAUGUGUUUGUUCACAGAGUAGGCAGAACAGCUAGGCUUGGGAGGCAAGGGCAUGGCAUCGUAUUUCUUUCACCAAAGGAGGAAGCAUAUGUUGAAUUCUUACGCAUAAGAAGAAUUCCACUCGAAGCAAGAGAAUGUUCAAAUGAGGCUCCUGAUAUUCUUCCAGAGAUACGUUUAGCAGCAAGUAAAGACCGUGAUGUUAUGGAAAAGGGAAUCAGGGCAUUCGUGUCUUAUAUCCGUGCUUAUAAAGAGCACCACUGCUCAUACAUCUUCAGAUGGAAAGAGCUUGAGAUUGGAAAGCUUGGGAUGGGAUAUGGUUUAUUGCAGCUUCCUUCUGUACCUGAGGUGAAGCAUCACUCUCUUUCAACUGAGGGUUUUAUUCCAGUAAAAGAUAUAAACCUGGAGGAGAUUAAGUUCAAAGACAAAUUUCGUGAGAAGCAAAGAAAAAAGAACUUGGAGGCAAAAAAGGCAAAACAGCAAGAAGUGAAGAAACAAAAAAGAAACCCAAGUUCAUUAAAAGCCGAUAUGAAGAAACAGACCGCCAAGAAGAGGCGUGCUUCUCAAUCGGUUGAAGAUGAUGAUGAGAUGGCCAGGGAAUACCGCCUACUGAGGAAGCUAAAAAAAGGAGCCAUUGAUGAGACCCAAUUCGCUAAGUUGACCGGAACAGAAGACUUGCUAUGAAUAGAGCCCGUUUCCUUCUUCUCUACUUAUAUGCCUUGCUAUGAAUAGAGCCCGUUUCCUUCUUCUCUACUUAUAUGCCUUCGAAGUGUUCUUUGUAUGAAUAGUGUCACGAAUCUCCCAAGUUUCGGAAUACGCCUUGUAGGCAUGGACGGUGAACCCUUGUAGCCAUAUAGCCUCUAACAUUCUUUGUAACAAAAUUUUGGUCCCUCAAGUGUUAGGUUUAACAUGCUGCCAUGGCUUUGCUAUGAUAAAAAAGAAUGUUUUCAAGCUUUUGAUUACAUACAGCUUAUUUAUGCUUUCUUGGCGAGCAAUAUAGUUUUCUGAUUCUUUAUUACA